UUGUCCUAAGAGACUAUUGAUAAUGUUGCUCUUAGAACUUUCCGAACAAACACACCCGUGAAAUAAUCCAUCUUCUUAAUUUACACGUAAGGAGGUUCUCUACAAGCGAAUUAACCAAAUUGAAAGGCUUUGUAUAUACGACAGUCCACUAUGAAAGUAAUGAACAUGAAAAUUCAUUGAGCUCAAUUGAUGGAUGUGGUGAUUACCAUAAUGAAUAAAGAAGAGUAUACUUUGGUAUUUGUUGUAUUGGAAAGAUCAACUCAAGCCUAAAAUGAUGGCAGCAUGAUUGCAUAUAUUUAUACAAAUGAUAAGUAAUAAAUGUAUUUUUAUACGAAAUGAUUUAACUACUUGUAAAUGUGCAACGAGUUUAUUGUUUCACCAACCCUAAAACAGAGUCAAAACAAAUAAGAACUGAAAUGAGUUAGCACUGAUGUGGCCAUACCCUAAUAAAGGAUAAUGGUGAGGUUACUUGGAAAAGAAGUUAAAAGCCCCCAUGAAUUUAGAGGAAAAUAUCUUAAUAUAGAUAGAGGCAUGGCGUAAACAGAGGCUCAAACAAAACAGCAAAGCCCUUUAUAUUUUCAAUCUAACUCUCUCUCAUCUAUUGCGAGAAACAAAGAAAGCUUAACCCUCAAGAAAUCAAACCCACAAAAAAAUCAAAUUCAAUAAAACCUCUUUCUGCUCUUCCUCUCUUUUUCAUUCCCAUAUGUUGCUUCCUUGAAUUCAUCUCUUCUCUUCCGAAAGAAUGGGGAGCAACAUCUGAGGAUCCAUUUGAUUACCAUACAUAACUUAUAUUCAAAACAAAAACAUAUCUUUGUGUGUGCGCGUUAAUGAUGAAAUAGCAGAUUGAGAGCAAGAAAGAGGUAAUAGCUGAUAACCGCAAUGGAGAUUCAGAGGAUGAGGCAGUUGAUGUCUCUUUGGUCUAAUUUGAAGAGUAGCCGCGUUUCUCUCACCGGUGGGAAUCAUACAGCCGCAAGGUUCUGCACUCGCUAGGCUCGCCUCUUCUCUCGCUCGCUUUUUUCUUUCUUCUUUCUCUUCUUCUUACUUCCUUUUGAUUCUCUUUUAGCUCUCUAUUCUAUUCUCUUCUCUUCUCUCUUUCCUUUUCUUUAACUUUCAACUGUACAUUUUCGCGCGCUCUCUUUGUCUCAGCUUUUAAGACAUAACAAAAAGAUAUGGUGUUUGUUACUGUCCAAGACUUUCACUCCAUGUGCCAAAAGCAUUUUCACUACCUCUUGAAAAAGAGAGACUGCCCGAGCUCCUCUAUAAGCUCUGCGGAUACUUUCCUCAAGGCUUCUCGCUCUGAAGUCUUGAGUCUCUUUAUGAGAUCAACGCUUUUGGCUUUGUUGUUUCUGUCAUUUACUUGGUUAAGUCUCCUCAAAUAUGGAACUUCUGCAACCGCUCCAUCUAAGUCGGUUGAAUCUGACCUUCCUGAAUUACUGCCUUUGCUUCUCAACGAUUUGGAGAAGGAAGGUCUCUUUAAGAUGGGAGAUAAAGCACUCUUCCUAAGUGGAGGAGAUGAUGAGGUCACUGUUUCUUCAUACUCUCAAACAGUGAUCGAAACUGAUAUGGUUCUUGUAUCUGCAAGCAAUCAGGAGAUGCAGAGCAUGGUCCCAGAUGAGACCUUUGAUUUCGCCUUUGCGCAUUCUCGUCACAUUGACUCUGCUGAAUUUAUAGACAGGACUCUUAAAGUUGGCGGCAUCUUUACCGUCCAACUCAACCUUCAAGAUCUUCCUCCAAAUUUCUUGAAACAUCCAAACUACGAAAUAGUCUACGUAAAGAGCUCUGAGUACACGGUAAUGACGAUGAGGAAAACAGGGGAAACAGAGCAUAAACAGAGCUUAGUCGCCCCCGGGAGAAAGCUUCUCGGUAUCACAGAAGAAGAGGCCAGGGAAAAAGCUUUGAGAAAGCUAGAGGAUGUUCUCCUUGAACCACCAAGAGCAGCUUCAAGGAAAUCAAGAACUUACUUCAAACGGACACGGUACCUCCCGGACCUUAUGGGAGACAAUUUGGACCUCGAGAGCUACUCAAGGCGGGUAUUUAUCGAUGUGGGAAACGGAAAAGGAAGCAGCGGAAUGGAAUGGUUUGUUGAAAAUUACCCAACAAGGAAUCAGAAGUUUGAGAUGUACAAGAUUGAGACGGUGAACGAUGAGAUGAGCCUAGAAUCUGAGAAAAUGGGCAUGACGGAGUGGCUGAAAGAGAAUGUCAAGGAGGAGGAAUACGUGGUGAUGAAGGCGGAGGCGGAAGUGGUGGAGGAGAUGAUGAGGAGCAAGUCGAUAAAAAUGGUGGAUGAGCUUUUCUUGGAGUGCAAGCCAAAGGGUUUAGGGCUAAGAGGAAGGAAGAUGCAGAGUAAGAGUGGUAGGGCUUAUUGGGAGUGUUUGGCUCUUUAUGGCAAACUAAGAGAUGAAGGUGUUGCUGUGCAUCAAUGGUGGGGUUGAAGUUAAAGAACAUGGAGACAGAACUGAGAAGAAUAUUCAUCAAAUCAGUCUCUUUUUAUUCUAUUUUAUGAUUUUUUUCCCUCUGUUGUCUCUUUUUUGUUUUUGUGUGUUAAUUUGUAAUCAUCAAUAUGUUGUUUUGUUUUAUGUAUUUUGUGGUGUUUAAGUUUGGGAUCUGAUGAGCUUAAUUACAUAUCUUUCGUGUUUUCUUGUUGAAAA